AUGGUACAAAUAACAAAAUUCUGCAAUGAAUUAAAGCGUGUGAAUGUUAUUACAGAACUUGGUAUGUUGCAUAUCAAUAUUAAUGACCGAAUAAUCAAAACAAAGAAGUCUUCAGCGAUUUGUUUUUCAGAUUUAAUCAAAGAGAAGUAUUUUAUUGAUAAAUCCAUUAUGUCAUUCAAAACACAUCUAAAUAUUAUAUGUAAAGAUUCAAUUGAUAUACUUACUAACUUUAUUGAAACAGGCAAACUUGAAUUUGAAGCAGAUGAGCCUCAUUACCACGACAUAUUUGAAAUUGGCAAAUACUUUGGAAAUCAAAUUCUCAUACAAAUCUAUUCUGAACAUGUUAAAUCAGAUAAAUCUCUUACAAAUGAAAACGUUUUUCAGAAGUAUGAAAUUUCUGUUUUAGAAAAUGAUUCUACGACAAUGAAUGAGUGCAUUGAGUACAUUUCUUCGCAUUUUUACAGUUUCAAUGAUGAUGUUAUUAUUACAAAUUUUGCCCAAAAUGGAUUUGAAUUUUGUGAAAAAAUUUUGAAAUCAAAAGAACUCAAAAUUGAAAAUGAAGACAAACUAUGCUUGUUACUUUUAGAUAGGGUUUUGCAAACUGGCACGGGUUUCGAGGAUUCGUGCCAGUUACGGGCGUAA